CAGGAUUCGGGAGUCGGGAUUAGGGAGAGAGUACAGCCCGCCUUCAUUAACUUCUAACUUAGGGUUAUUUAAGCAACUCUGUGUCUCCCUUGUCGGUAUUGCAUUGUUUCCGCGGCAAAAUUCCGCAGCACUUAAAUGUCUCCUUCCCCCAAAAUUUAUUGAAUAUAUGGAUGACAUAGGUGGAGUUAGGGAGGAAUCCGAAACGAGCGGCUGUAAAAUCGAGCUCGAACGGUGCCGUUUAGGGGACACGCCUCUGAAGCAAGACGAUUUACGUCGUCUGCUGAAGAAGACUCGACCUGUAGACGGAGAAGAAAUUUCUCACACGGAUGCAGAAGAGAUGGUUACUUCACAAUCUGGGGACAACGACAGUAUUAAGAACAAGCAGACCGAUUCUACGGAUUCAUGUGAUGAGGAGGAAAGAAAGGUGAUGGAGGAUAUGGAAGUGAAUCCAGUGAAGGAGGAUUCUGAGGGUAACAUGGAUAAACAGGAAAGUGGUAAAGACACUACUCCGGAGCAGCUGACACCUUUAAUUGGAACACCUGCAAAGGACAAUGACAUAGCAAAAAAAGAUGCGUCUUUUAUUGCAAAGGAUUUUACUGAAGAGAAAGAAGGCGGGGCUAAGAAGAGAAAGGCCUUUAAAAGGGGCAAAAAAAGCAGGACAACCGUAAAUAGAGAAGAAAAUGAGGGAAGAGAAGAAGAGGCAAUGGAUGUUGUACAGGAAAUUGCUGACAGACAUGAUGAAAGGAAGGGAAUUGAGCCCAAGCUGCCCAAUGAUCGAGCCAAAGAGGAAUGGGAUCACAUGGAGAAUUAUUGUGCCCCUCCAGUGCUGGAGUGUGAAAAGGAAUUGAUUGAUACUGGAACUGCAGGCAAAAAUAGGGUGAGCUAUGAAGAAAACCUUCCAAGUGCUGAAAUAGGUGGGGGAAAUGGUCGUCCAAGGAGGAAAUCAAGUCUCGAUGCACGAGUGAGGAUUAAAAACAUCGAUGUUCAAUUCUUGGAGCUGGACGAAGCAUGUAAACGACGAAGGAAGGGGAGAAGUGGUAUAGCUCAGACUAACUUGGAAGAUAAUGAAGGCCCAAUUAAAAGUAAGAAAACUAGGAGAGGGGAAAAAAGGGCUUUAACUGAAGACCUUGAAAAAGAAGACAAAGAUGAGAAAGUUAAAGGAAGUGCAGAUAGCCCACACGACCUUCCACACAGGACAUCUAAUAAUGUCGGCAGUAUAUCUAAGCCAAGGAUCAGAAAGGAUGAAGAUGGAAAUGAGUUGCAGUCAAAUAUGUGUCACCAAUGCCAGAGAAAUGACAAAGGAAUGGUUGUUCGUUGUUCAAGCUGCCAGACAAAGAGAUAUUGUAUGCCUUGCAUGGCCACAUGGUAUCCUGGUAUGACGCAGGAAGCUUUUGCAGAGAAGUGCCCAGUUUGUCUAAAAAACUGCAAUUGCAAAUCAUGUUUGCGGUUGGAAGGACCUAUAAGGGAGUUGAAAGGUAUAAAAGUUGAAUACAGCGAAGACGAGCAGGUCCAGUACUCUAAGUAUAUCUUGCAGGUGCUUUUACCUUUCUUGAGACAAUCCAAUGCACAGCAAAAAAGGGAGAAGGAGACUGAAGCAUUGAUUCAAGGAGUUGCAUUUUCUGACGUAAAGCUGCAAAAGGUAAACUGCGAGAUUAAUGAAAGGAUGUACUGUGACAUGUGUAAAACAUCAAUUUUUGAUUUUCACCGGAGCUGCUCAAAUUGUUCCUAUGAUCUUUGCCUCACCUGUUCCCAAGAGCUUAGGAAUGGAAACUUGCAGGGGAAUAAAGAAGAAGUUGUUACUCAUUAUAUUGACAGAGGUGCUGAUUACAUGAAUGGGGACAUGCCUGGCGAUUCCAGUAAAACUAUUGCCCGCAGAAAGUCCCAGAUAUUUGAUAAAACUAACUCCAUUAGUUUCCCUCUGUCCUCAUUUAGUCCAGAUUCCAGUAAGAAUGAUAACAUGCACUAUCUGUCCAAGAGUGAAUGGAAAUCUGAAGAAAGUGGUAGAAUUCCUUGUCCACCAGAGGAUAUGGGUGGGUGUAACAUCGGAACCUUAGAACUAAAGCACUUGUUAGGAGAGACUCACGUUUCUGAAUUGCUAGCAGAGGCAGAAGAAAUUGUACAUAGAUUUAGUUUAGAUGAAAAGCCAGAAAGUUCUCAGCGUUGGUGUUCUUGUUUGAAAACUAUUGAUGAAAAAGACAUCGGUGAUAGCAACGUAAGGAGAGCAGCUUCUAGGGAGGGUUCUGGUGACAAUUUUUUGUACUGUCCAGUAGCCAAGGACAUUCAGGAUGAGGAUCUGAAGCACUUCCGCUGGCAUUGGCUCAGAGGAGAGCCUGUGAUUGUCAGUAAUGUGUUGGAAAAUACUUCAGGACUAAGCUGGGAGCCGAUGGUUAUGUGGCGUGCAUGCCGCCAGAUAAAAAAUCUCAACCAUGAACUUUUGUUAGAUGUCGCUGCUAUUAACUGCAUGGAUUGGUGUGAGGUUGAUGUUAAUCUCCACCAAUUUUUCAAAGAGUAUAUGGACCCUCCUUUUAUAAAUGGGUGGCCUAAAAUUAUGAAGUUGAAAGACUGGCCUCCUUCUGAUUUGUUUGAGCAACGAUUACCUCGUCAUGGCGCCGAGUUCGAACGUUGUCUGCCUUUCAAACCAUAUACAGAUCCUAGAUCUGGGUUUCUUAAUCUUGCUGUCAAGUUGCCGCCAGAAUCCUUAAAGCCAGAUAUGGGACCCAAGACAUACAUAGCUUAUGGAGUUAAUCAGGAGCUGGGGCGUGGAGAUUCUGUUACCAAGCUCCAUUGUGAUAUGUCUGAUGCGAUAAACGUCUUAACACAUACUCAAGGAACAAACCUGAAUAGUGAACAGCUUUCCACCAUUAAUAAGCAGAAAGACAAACAUGCUAUUCAGGAUCAAGAAGAGAUGAAAAUAAGAGAUAGUUGUGUCAUUAAGUUGAAUGAGGAAAGCUCUCAACAUGGUGAAUAUGGUGAAUCAUUCACUUGCGAGAAGUCAGACAGUGAUGGGAAUGCUGAAAUAGGUAUUCAGAGAGGUAGAAAACUUUCUGAAGUAUAUAUAAACAGUGGAGUGAGUGAGAGUGAAAGUUUGAUCUCUAAUUGGCCUAUUCCCUUAGAAAACUACUUGAAGGAAAGAAAAAUUGUGAGCAGUGGCGGGGGAGUUAGAACUGAAAGUGAGAGUGAGAACUCUAGCGGUGGUGCUCUCUGGGAUAUCUUUAGAAGGGAAGAUGUCCCUAAGUUGGAAGAAUAUCUGAGGAAGCACUUCAAGGAAUUCAGGCAUAUUUAUUGUUGUCCAGUGCCACAGGUUGUUCACCCAAUACAUGACCAAUGCUUUUACUUGACCAUUGAGCACAAAAAGAGGCUGAAAGCAGAACAUGGGGUUGAACCGUGGACAUUUAUCCAACAGCUAGGGGAUGCUGUUUUUAUACCUGCAGGUUGCCCUCAUCAAGUUAGAAAUUUAAAGUCAUGCAUAAAAGUUGCUCUUGACUUUGUUUCACCUGAAAAUGUUCCUGAGUGCAUGAGAUUGACUGAGGAGUUCCGCACACUCCCCAAAAAUCACAGAGCAAAAGAAGAUAAACUUGAGGUGAAGAAAAUGAUGAUCUAUGCAGUGAAAGAUGCCGUCGAAGUACUGCAAAAAUCCUUGGCGCCUUGCAGCAACGUGGGUGAAUGACCUCAGAAGCGAGUCUAGGAGUCUAAGCGAGCCAACCUUAUGCCUGGAGAUAAUCUGUGUGUAUAUAUAUCUGAACUCAGUUCUGUUAACUCCUAAUAUCUUUUCAUUAUCAUUGGUGCAUGUUUUAUGUUUUCUUCUUUGUGCACUUUUUUGUUGUGUUUUCUUUAAGGUCUUGUAAUGUUACCAAUAUUAAUACUCAUUUCAAGAAGUAUUUUGCCUGGGUUUUGCUGGUUUAAAAUAACUCUAUUCUACAUUUGAUACCUAGUCCUGUUUCAGUAUGGUUCCCUUUCUGGACUGC